GUGGAGUGCGGGAAGAUCCUGACGGUCGACAACUUCAUUGAGCGCUUGGGUUCCCCCUAUUGUAAGGAAGACUAUCACCGACUCUUCUCUCCGAAGUGUUGCGUCUGCACCGAACCCAUCAAAGACAAAGCAAUCAAUGCAUUGGGAAAGAUGUGGCACACCUACUGCUUCAAGUGUACGGCCUGUGCCUGUCCUCUGGAGGAGAAGAACUUCUACGAGAAGAACGGAAUGCCUUAUUGUGAGAAGGAUUACAUGAAUCUGUUUCAUCCCAAGUGUACGGGUUGUGGACUACCGAUCGCUGAAGGUCGUCAAAUUACUGCAAUGGGAAAGCCAUGGCAUCCGGAGUGCUUCGUUUGCACCAUUUGUGUGAAACCUCUACAACCGGAGACAUUUAAAGAGCACGCGGGCAAACCUUAUUGUGAGGACGACUACCAUAAGCUGUUUUCGCCCAAAUGUGGGGGUUGUCAGCAACCUAUCACCGACAAAGACGAGAAGGUAAUGGUAAGGGGUAAGCCGUGGCACCCGGGGUGCAACGCUGCUAUUAACGAACCGGUCAUAACAGUAACACCAGCUGUCGAACCCCUUCUCCAAAAAGCUACCCGGCCUAAGGUGGAGACCGAUAUCGGUCGCAAAAGCUAUCCGAUCGAUGAUUUAGAUUCAUUGCUUCCCUUAUUAGACGACUUCGUAAAGAAGUCAUAUCCAGACUGUAGUGGUUGUAAAACGCCGAUCACUGACGUAAGUCUAACUGUUGUAGAGCUAAUACAAUGUACAAGUGUAUAAUGUACCCUGUACAUUAAAAACUAAUCUUAGAAAUCACUCCUUUUGUGCUGUAUAUUAAUAUAUAUUAAUAUUUUGUCCUGAC